AUGUUACGGCCACUAUCAUCCAUCUUUUGGUUGAAGCAACGAAAAUUUCUGUCUCUCUAUCCGACAUUUACUAUUGAUAAAGAUGUGAAGCGUCAAUUAUAUUGGUUGGCUGCUAAUGGUCAUGUUUAUGAAGAAUUCAACAAUGACAUAUGCAACGAGUCCCAUGAUGAAGAUAAUCUCAUUCGCAAACCGACGACCGAAAAUCAUGAAAGAGAAGUGGAAUUUCGGUCUGAUCAGUUUUGGGCUUUUCUUCUUGUAAAGUCGAAACCAAUGUGUAUUGAAAUGUACAAAAUUAUUUCUUAUGUGUACUCAAUUCCUUGCUCAUAUGCAUUUGUUGAAGGCGUUUUUAAUCAAAGAAAAAGCGCAUGGACAGCCAGUCGUAAUUUGACAGUGAAUGAAGCGAUAGCUGCUGAAUUGAAAAUCAAAUUUAAUAGUACUAUGACAUGUGAAGAGUUUUUUCUUUUGCUCAAACACCACCGCAACUGCUAA